CAUAAUUUGUGUUGUAGACAUAAUUUUUACAUUCCAUUGCAUUGAUGAAUAUAUGCUUCGUCUUAUAUCAGUGAUUUAAAAAUUUUCUGGUUGCUGAAAGAAGAAAAUCUCAUUGCUGCUAAUCUUAUUUUCAUAGAUUAUAGAUAAACUUGACAACAAAGACUAAAAAUGAUAAAUUUGAAUUUAUUGUUUCAACAGUACGAUUGGCGCUUUAAUCCUCAUGUUGUUAUGUUGGAGGUUGUAAACUUGUAAUGUUAUUCCAGCUUGACUCGCUCGCCGUGUUAUGACGGUUCUAGUUGAGAGCUUUAAGCUUUUAUAAUGGAUCAGGAUUUGAAAGCGCAAGUUGAUCUGGCGUGCAAGACAGGGGAAGACUUCACCAACUACUAUUAUGAAAAUCUCGACAAGAGAAGACACUUAAUGAACAGACUUUACUUGGAUGCCGGGAGUUUGAUAUGGAAUGGAAAUGGAACGACUGGAAAAGAUGAAAUAGGGAAAUUCUUAAUGGAAUUACCAGUGAGCGAGCAUAAACUUUUUUCUUUAGAUGCCCAGAAAAUAUCUGAUGCAACUCUACCUAACAAGUUGGCCUUCUUGAUCAAAGUGACAGGCACAGUGAAGUACCAAGGGAAAAUAGCCAGAUCUUUCACCCAGUCAUUUGUAAUAACAAACCAAGAUGCCAAAUGGAAAAUUGUCAGCGAUUGCUUCAGGCUCCAAGACCCGAUAAACUGACGUGUAAGGAGAAAUCGAUAUAAAAAUAAGUUAAAUGUUCUAUUUACUUAUUGAUAAAAUGUGUAUCAUUAUAUUAUUAAUAAUCUAAUAAAGCCUUGAUAAACAAAAG